UCAACACUGUCAGCUGUUCGCAAACAAAAAGUGCGCAGCCGAUCAAUAGUUUAAAUCAUUUAGAUUUACUGAAUAUUAGUCACUUUAUGGACUGCUGUGGCGGCGAAGUACGCAACGAAAGCAUUUACAACAUGCUCCAGGCCAUUGUCGACUCGAAAGUAAUCAACGUGCAGUUGUUUACGAUUGCCGUGGGAAUUUUCUUUGUUGUGCUGCUGCUGAAGAACAAUUUCCGCAGCUUUUCGGGCACAUGACUCGAAGAAGAUUGGACCAAACACCAACUAGAUGUUCUGCUGGCUGCCGCAAUGUAGUGUUUAAUUUAUAUAAUAAUGUAAUGUACGCAUUGUAGCUAAGUAUUAAUAAUAAUUGUCUCAAGCGGA